AAAUUGAUUGAGGGUUUUGGAAAAGGAAGGCGAUUUCUAAUUCUAUCUAUUUAUACAUACACAGAGCGACAAAAAAGGCUUCCCUACUACCCUGCGUAUUGAGAGAGAGUGGGAGAGAGAGAGAGAGAGAGACGUGGAAUAGCAAAGCAACUGCACCAGAUCUAAGGGAAUAUAUAUACGAAUACGUAUAUCUCCUCUGGUAGAGAGAGAGAGAGAGAGAGAGAUAGUAAAGAUGAGCGGCAAGGGGAGCCUUAACAAUGGCGGCGGCGGAGUUGGGAUGAUACCGGCAGGGUCCCGGAAGAUGGUGGAGAGCUUGAAGGAGAUAGUGAGCAACUAUUCCGAUUCUGAGAUCUACGCUGUUCUCAAAGAGUGUAAUAUGGACCCUAAUGAAGCCGUCAACAGGCUUCUCUCUCAAGAUCCUUUCCAUGAGGUGAAAAGCAAACGAGAGAAAAGAAAAGAGAAUAAGGAUACCUCUGAACCUCGGUCACGCGGUGGUAGUAGCUCAAGCCGGGGAGGUAGGGGUGGUGCAGACCGAUAUGUUGGUCGUGGCAGCUCAGAGUCUACUUUGCACGGAAAAUUUUCCUCUGCUUCCAAGAAGGAGAAUGGGUCUAGUACAAGUAUGGCUACUGGAAUUGCUGGAAGUAACAUGAAUUUGCGACCUACAGCCACCAGUGGUGUUUUUGCCAGUGAAAAUAAGAAGUUAGUGGCUGUUACAACUGAUCAUAUUUCAUCAGCCCCACAGCCUUCUGCUGGACAUCAACCUGCUUGGGGGGGUGUUCCAGGACAAAUAUCAAUGGCUGAUAUUGUCAAGAUGGGAAGGCCACACAACAAAGCACAAAACUCAACAACUGCAUCUCAGCAAAAUGCCAAUGCCAACCACAAUGAUGGCCGUAGACCUGCAUACCAUGUGUCACAUCAUAACUUUCAGUUUCCAAACGAUCAAGCUUCUAAUGUUUCUGAGGUGCACAUGGAUCAAGGGGUUAGCUCUGCUCAACAUGACUCAAGUAAUGAUGAAUGGCCUUCAAUCGAGCAGCCAUCAGCUUCUGUUCUCCCUUCUAUUUCAGAGCCUCCUGCAGAUCCAGACUCUUCUAACCUAGUUUAUGAUAGAAUUAACCAGCAUCUCCAGGUGGAUGAGGUUCAGGGAACAGAAGAUCAUGGCUUAAGUGUUGGUGCAAGCCAUGUGCCAUCUGGUUCCAUUCCAAACAGAAAGUUUCCGGAGGAUGAUUCUGGAGGUGAAUCUCUAUAUGAAAAUGACAUUGACAUUUAUAGACACAAGGAUCAUGAUCAUUCUUCCAAGCACUGGGAAAGUGAGUUUACAGUUGAUGUGAAUGCUUCAGUUUCAUCGGCUACUGAAAACUUGCAACAACUGUCUAUACACCAGGAUCAAGGUGUGCCACCUGAGGAGGAAGGGCCUUCAGUGGUUAUUCCAGACCACCUACAAGUUCAAAGUGCAGAUUGUUCACACUUGAGCUUUGGUAGCUUUGGCUCUGGAAUCGGUUCAGCUCUUUCUGGUCCUUCGGCAUCUGCUCCAGUGAAAAAUCAUGUAGAAGAGGUGCCUACAGAUGCAGAAGAUCCACCAAUGGGGCACUUGACCACCAGAAGUUCUGAAUACUAUGGUGGUGAGACAAAUCCACCAGAUGGCAAUUUAUUCCAUAGGACUGGAGUAUCUGGGACUUACGAGUCACCUGCUGCUCCGCAACCUGAUCCAUUGAAAGUGGAACACAGUGAAGCUGGCCGUGCAAAUCAAUAUAGCUUUCCCUCAUCUGAACCUGGCUAUAACUAUGAGAAUGCUCAACCGUUGAAUGUGGAAUUUAGUCAACCGCAAACAAGCUCACCGGUUCAGAAUCUUGCACCCUUCAAUGCUAUGGGAUACACAAAUUCGUUACCAAGCAAUUUGUUGGCAGCUAAUGCUCAUGCUCUUAGGGAGUCUGAUAUUUCAUACUCGAUAUUUCCUUCUACACAAGCAAUGCCCUCAAAAUAUGGCAACUCGGUUUCUUCAGUCGGUGGUUCAUCAAUUUCAAUGCCCGAGGCUUUGAAAUCCGGUGGUUUGUCGUCAUCACAGCCGACUCAACAAACCCUUAACGGGACAGGUGUUGCCACAGGACCUGCUUUGCCUCAACACCUUAAUUUACAUCCGUAUUCACAACCGACAGUUCCUUUGGGCCCCUUUACGAACAUGAUUGGCUAUCCUCCUCCUUUUCUGCCUCAGAAUUAUACAUACAUGCCCUCUGCUUUCCAGCAAACAUUUGCCGGUAAUAGUGCUGCUUACCACCAAUCUUUAGCGGCGAUGCUCCCUCAAUACAAGACUAGUGUGUCCGUGAGCAGCUUACCCCAGUCGGCUGGCGUUGCUUCUGGCUAUGGUGCUUUUGGUAAUACGACUGCAAUUCCCGGGAACUUCCAAAUGAAUACCCCUGCCGCUCCUUCGGCUACAUCCUUAGGUUACGAUGAUGCGCCAAUUUCGCAGUACAAGGACAACAGUCAUUUAAUGUCUCUUCAGCAGCAGAGCGAGAAUUCAGCUACGUGGCUCCACGGACCCGGUUCCCGGACAAUGUCGGCUGUUCCUGCCAACACGUACUACAAUUAUCAGGGACAACAUCAACAACCCGGUGGUUUCCGGCAAGGGCAACAACCGUCACAAAACUACGGGUCUUUGAACUACAACCCCAACUUCUACCACUCCCAUACUGGAAUCUCGCUGGAUCAUCAACAGCAAAACCCGAGAGACGGGUCGUUGGGUGGCGCUCAAGGACAGCCAAAGCAGUCGCAACAGCAGAUAUGGCAAAACAACUACUAAUCUUACCGCCUCCUGGCGUUUUUCAGGGUGUGAAAGUGGCCUGUUCAAGCUGUUGCCCUUACCGCAAUAAUUUGAAUUCGAUAUGAGAUAUGUCCCAAAGGGGACUUGACUGGUUACUGCCCUAUGAUGCCCCGAGGUUGUACUUUACAUGUUUAUCAGUUAGUGUAACGUAGGACAGUGCAAGCUAACUUAGUGUUGGUGGACACAAAUCUCUUUUUUUUUACUAUUUUACUUAAUUUUUUUCUUUUCUCUCUUUCAAUGUUAUAGUCCUCUCUCUCUCAUUUGGGAAUUAUGCUUUGCUCUUUUACUAUUGUAUGUACUAGUGUGAUUGAUUGCCUUUUGAUUGCUAACCAAUAUUAACUCCUUUGCCACUUUA